AUGGCCAUUCUGUGUGCGCGCGCGCCCGGUGUCUUGUCAGUCGCCGAGCCGCCACGGCGCAAGAUGAGCCCAGGCAGACGCGGCUGUUCCCCCCCCCCCCUUUCCUUCCUUCCCCACUCGCUCAUUCAAUCGCUCGCACAACACCCCCAACCUCUUGCCCAACAGUGAGCAAGACCUUGGAGCACCGGUUUGUCCGCUACCUGUUCCGACCCACGAUCUUCCCUCACAGUGCCUCGACCGCCCGUUGCAUCGCGCCAAGUCGUGCAGGUCAGUCGUCCCUGUUGCAGCAGGUUGCAGCACUCCUCCUCCCCAUCCUCCCCACACUCUCUCACUCACGCGCACGCGCCCACUGACCUCCGCUUUCGUCUGACCCGGCCGCCCCUCACCCCCUCACCACCCACAACGAACCGCUCUCUAACCUACCCCUCUUUUCCACAGUCCCUGCUGCAACGCACGCACAAAACCCACUGCGGCUGCUCGAUCUGCUCCACCGCCAAGAAUUCGGCGCUCGACAUCCUCAACGCCUCCAAGGCGAUCCAAUCCGGCGGUCAAGCCAGGACGUACGCGACCCCUGUCGAUGCACCCCAGACCGAGUAUGCCUUCGAAGUCGCGGCGAGCAAUCUGAGGUACGGUGAAGGCGUCACCAGGGUCAGUCUCAGCUUUCAAGCGGUCCGACCCCGGCUCAAACAAGGGGAACAAAUUAGCCGCCGGUCGUGAAAGGGCGCUUCUGCCUUCCCACCCCGAGAUACACUCGAGUUGACCCCGAUUCAUCCCUCCGCAGGAGGUUGGAAUGGAUUUCGCCAACCAAAAAGCGCGCAAAGUAGGCGUCUUCACCGACGCGACCGUGUCCAAACUCUUGCCGAUGAAGAUGGCGAUCGAGUCCCUCGAAGCGGCCCAUGUCCCUUACGAGGUCUACGACAAGAUUCGCGUCGAGCCUAAUCAAACUUCGUGAGUGCUGCUUUCUUCUGUUUGGCAAGUCGGGCAGCGACGUUCGCCUCGCCCUGUGCUGCGUCUUCAGUGCCAUUUCGGUCACCUUGCCCCCGGUGCCACCGGGAAUAUCGGCACCGGCGGCCAAUUCGUCGGCGCUUUUCUCCGAAGCGCCGAACGGGACCCACGAUCGCUCACAGCCGACAAUAAUCUCCUCGCAAAAUCAUCAUCACAGAUGGCAAGCCGCGAUCGACUUUGCCAAGCACCACGACUUUUCCCACUUUCUCGCCGUCGGGGGUGGAUCCGUUAUUGACACCUGCGUAAGUCGACCGGAUCGCACGUCAUCAUCUCGGUUCUAUCACGCUGGUCCGCCGGCGCUUACGAUCGCUGAUGCCUUUGAUCAAUUUCUUCCCACUCCACAGAAAGUCGCCAACCUCUUUGUCUGCCACCCCGAGGCCGAGCUGCUCGACUUUGUCAAUGCACCGGUCGGCAAGGGCAAGCCGAUCAACAAGGUCCUCCGACCUUUGAUCGCCGUCCCGACUACGGCCGGUACCGGAUCCGAGGUGAGCUCUCGUCCUAAGCAUACACAACCGAGCGCAUUUCUGAUCCUCCUCCUUCUUGACCGGAACAGACGACCGGCACGGCCAUCUUUGACUACUCGCCCCUUUCGGCCAAGACCGGUAUCGCGAACCGCGCGCUUCGUCCUCUGCUCGGCAUCGUCGAUCCGCUCAACACCGACUCGUGCCCUCGCGCGGUGCACAUCUCGUCCGGCCUCGACGUGCUCUUCCACGCCUUGGAAUCGUGGACCGCGAUCUCGUACCUCGACCGACUACCCCGUCCUUCGAACCCUCUCCUCCGUCCCGCGUACCAAGGCCGAAACCCCGUCUCGGACGUCUUCUCCGAAUGGGCCCUGCGCCAAACGGUCAAGUACCUGCCUCGCGUCGCCGCCGACGGUUCGGACAAGGAAGCGAAAUCGUCCAUGUUGCUCGCGUCGACGUUCGCCGGUAUCGGAUUCGGUAACGCCGGCGUUCACCUCUGUCACGGUAUCUCUUACCCGAUCUCUGGGCUCAACUACUCCAAGGGGCGUUACCAACACCCCGGUUACGAAGUCGAUCACCCGAUCGUCCCGCAUGGCAUCUCCGUCGCUUUGACCGGUCCGGCCGUCUUCAAUUUCACCGCCCCCUCCGCGCCCGAUCGUCAUCGUCGAGCGGCGCAGAUCUUCAACGAAUUCGAACCCGACGGCAUCGACACCCAACGCGUCAGGGACGAAGACGUAGGCAUGCUCCUCCACGAUCGGAUCGCUCGCUUCUUGGUCGGUUUGGACGUACCGAGGGGUUUGAACGCCGUGGGUUACCAAUCGGCGGAUGUGAACGAGUUGGUCUUGGGCACUUUGCCACAAAGAAGGGUGUUGGAUUUGGCUCGUACGUUCUUCUUUUUCCUCUUGGAGAUGUUUUCUGUUUUUUCUUUUUUUUGGAGAAGAUGACUCACUCAUGCACUGACUUUGUUGGACACCCCUCGGUGUCCGACUCGGAACAGCCGGUUUCACGGGCAAUGAAGGCAAGGAAGAAUUGGGGCGCAUCAUCGAACAAGCGAGUAAGUCCGAACAAACAGUUUCCAGUCAAAAAAAGGGAAGGAAAGAAAGAGAGCGCUCAAUCGGGCUUUGCUGAAUCGUAUUCUUUUCAUCGUUUACAGUGUCGUUCUGA